AUGGUUCGAGACACAAUUGUACAGUAAGUUUUCGCUAAGUCUUUUAUUUUAGUACAAGCAUUUUUUCCUGAAAUUUCACAUCCUCCUUUUUCUUAGGACUACAGCGAACGAAAAACGAGUGCGCUGCAAGCUACUGCAGGUAGUUCAUACGGCUUUUAAGUGUCGAUUCGCAUGGAUGAUGUCAUACCAGCAGAAUUAUUGCCAAAAAAUGUGGAUUACAUCGAUAUCUUUGAGGAUUCUUGUUUACUCCUAGCCACUGAUAACAGUGAGUGCUCCAAUGCCUCUGAUGGUAAUGUUAUCUUAAAAACCCCACUUGAAUUGCAGAUGUACUGUCACAGUUUUUAGUAAGUGCGGCCAAUCGAGCUGCGUUGGAAGACAGCAUCGUUAUUUAUUUAAGACACCGUGAGCUUGACCGGAUUAGCCCUUUGGCGGUUCAUGGGACUCCCUCGUUCAACUGUGGUGCCUGGGAUCGAGUACAGUUUGCGUAUGCCCUCAUUCUUGUUGCCCUUCUAAAACGUUCUUUGCAUGCCCUAUCAUAUAUCCCCGACGUAUUACGGCACCAGCCUCCUAACGUUUGUACCUAUACCGCCGACGGUCAAAGUAAAGUCCUUGGGACCCUUACAUGACAUGCCAUCUAACGUAUUUACGUAUAAUCAUCUCUCUACAAUAUCAGGCUUGAUUGAGUCCUCAUUAAGUCUCGUCCGCAACUGCUUCCUCCCAACAUGGUCGGAAACAGGAAUAGAAGCGCUCCGUAAAAUACGGGCAGUUUCAAUGCACCAUUUGUCUCGCGUUCGCCUUUGAGCCGUGGCUCCCAAGUUCCAGAAUUCUGCUGCAGACUUAUCAGUGAAGACUUCUCAGCAAGUAACAAUACACCCCUUAUGACUUCAUCCAGCAAAAGUACUCCCAUUUAACCUGGGAAUCUUUUCUCACCAGGGGCUGCCCGAUGUAGGCAGCUACCAGCCACCCUCGAUACACAUUCGAUCGGCACGGGCAAAAUUAAACAGAACCGCUUAAGACUUUAAGAGUCGUGUUCUUGUUAGCAUUACUAAGAAGUAAUCGCUCUUCCACAUGACCAAAAUUUGGGAAAAUCUUAACGGCACUGUCUGUACUCGCUUCGCUAACGUCACUGCCCAAAAGCUCGUUGCAGGUCAACAUUCAGGCUAUGUUGUUUUUUAAUCAGACGAUAUAGAAUGAAAGUAAUUAAGUCAGACUCAGUGAUCUUCAAGAGGAGAGUUAUACCAGAUGACAUUAACGCCUCGUGGAAAAUUCCUGGCUAGCAUGUGGUUGUUUCUAUCUUCCCAACUUGAACCUAUUUUAAACGACCCUGUUCAGUGACCCGUCAAAGUCGUUCAUUUGCUGAAUCUCCGUUGUCUUGUGUUCCCAUGCCUCUGGUUGAUCAGAUGACCGCUUGCAUGCUUGGUACUUAAGGGAACGGACGAUCAUCUUAUUUUUAUUGGUUGACAAGUGAAAUACUGAUGCAAAUUCGUGAGAAAUAAACAAUUACCAGCCGCAGGUUAGAAAUCCUGUCAGGAAGCGUCUCAACUAUACAUUCCACUAGGUGACUGCCGCCAAGACCUACUACUAAGGAGACGGAGCUCAUGCCGAUAAGGUAUCUCAUCAGCACACACCACGCCAUUCGAUUAACACGGUGCUUUAAGACCCCUCUACGUCCGAGUAUUUAAGUAUUAAUAAUCCAUCACUUAGAUAGGCUUGACCUUGCAGACUUGCGAACACCCUGAAUAACCGGCAUCUUGAUAAACGUUAUUAUUAUCGUGGAGGCCAUCGUAGGUCCCUGUAUAUUAACAGCUUCACUUUUUAGCUCACGAGUUGGUCUGCCAUAGUGACUUUGCAUCUCUUCAACGUUGCAGUAUUCUAACACCCUGACCAGUAAUAAUUCAACCGGAGGUCUUCUGAAUUGACAGUCUGGUGGAUGCCUAUGCAGGUUUUCCUCUCCCCUCACAAGGGUUUCGCAUGGCUAUCCGAUGACCUGGUCGUUUUGGGCCUUUUAAAAACAUCGCCCGAACAGCAUCUUCUGUCUCAAUAACGGCAUAACAGGGGCAUAGACAUCCCCUAGAAUAUGGCGCAAAACUGCCUGACUUACGCGGUGGAGGGGGGUAUCUAUUCUCGUGACUCACGUAACUAACCUUGGCUAAGCGCUUUGAGCAAACUGAGUUAUAAGAGUAUCAGUUGUCCUUAUUGAGCCAAUUACGGUCUUCGAUGUAUGUUUCAGGUAUCCAUCCAAAGAUACUCUUCUGCAUUCGCUUCGCAACCUUCAUCUCCGACCCAAUCCUCCAGAUCUUAUAAUAAUCGAGCAUGUAGAACGCUUCUUCGACAGCAGCGUAAGCCAUUUAAUACAGAAUUAUAGUACCCAAAUUCGCCGCUUUAGUGUUAGGGUUCUCUCAUACAGAUUUCAACUCAUGUUUUUUUGGUAUCCUUGUAUAUCUCGGAAAACCUGAUCCAUCGUGCGCGGCCCAUGCGUGUGUGGCAUGCGCAGACGGUCCGUUUAGUUCUCUCACUGCACGUGAUUCCACCUCUGGUCGUUUUGACUCGCUCACGACACCGGAUUCAGGUGGGUGAGGAAGGAGAGAGUGCGGUAGAUGUAGCGCAAGUCUACUAUCAUGCGCACCCCCUAAUGAAGGCCAACAUUCGGGUGUGGCGUCAAGGCCCGGUUACCGGCUCACACCGCGCCCCUUGGGAUCCGUGCCAUCUCCUUCUUAUGGUGUGAAAUCCUGGUCAGCGUACGUUGUGGACCAGGAUAUGUGGUGGUACGCCCAGGUGCGGGCUUUCGCUGUGUUAGCAGAUUCGACUGCUUUGAAGAAGAAGAAGAAGAAGAAUCGAGCAUCGGAACAAUUCGUUUAUUAUCCUGAGCUUUCAGACUCGUACAGGAGUCCAUCGUCAGAGGUAGUGGCAGAAACAGGACAAGCGGCAGUUAUAAGGCACGUAGACCCAAUCAUCGACCGACGUCGCACGACUGGAGGUGACUACGAAGGGCUCUGUACGCCGGCGCCAGAUCGAUAAAUCGAUUGACCGAGUUCUCAUCCGAGGCCCAGGCUUCAAUCAAUUCUCGGCCUGUUUUGUUUCCGGCGUGGGCAACUAUUUUGGUGGCUGCGAAGUCAAACUCGUGACCGAUUUCGUAGGUGUGGGCGGCCACUUGUGACAAUGCGUCGCCGCGCCUCACAGCCAGCUUAUGUUCAUGUAUGCGCGAUCCGAGCAUGCGUCCAGUCUGUCCUGUGUAAUUACAAGGACAAUUUUGACACGGAAUGCGAUACACUACUCCAGAUUGCUCUUCGGGUUUUAACCGGUCUUUGAUCUUCAUGACCCUGUUGCGCAUGGUGGCUUUGGGGCGGUGUGCGAUUCCAACCCCUAGCUCCGCGGCGAUGCGCUCGGUCGCUUCUGAAACACCCUUGAUGUAUGGCAGAGAGUGCCACAUCGUCGGUGGCGUUGAUGUUCGAGUUCUCUGGUGGCGACCGCGUAGGCAGCGACUCAUGAAUGCCCUUCGGAAAGCCAUUUUGCACAAACUGGUCGCGGAGAUAACGGGUCUCACGUGCUCUGUCCUCCGGUUUGUUGCAGUGAGUUUGAAUCCGUUUGAAGAGCGUCUUCACACAGCUUCGUUUGUGAACCACCGGAGGGUCGCUGCUAAAGCUGAGAGGCUGUGUGGUGUUCAUUGCCUUCCUAUAAACUGUCGUUUUAAAUUAAUCGUUAGGGUUUCGUACGACAAGCACAUCCAGGAAGGGCAGCUGCUGUUGCUGUUCUUCUUCCCUCUCGAAUUUUAUAUCAGGGAAGACUGCAUUGAGCAGGCCGUGGAAAUGUUGCAGCACGUCCUUCUUUACGAUGACAAACGUGUCGUCUACGUAAGGGCGCCAAAAUACCGGCUCAUUUAGGAGGAAGGCAAUUUUUUCUAUCUCCUAUAGGACCAGUUCCGCCACUGAACUGGAGACCGGUGAGCCCAUUGGAGUUCCCUUGAUUUGUUCAUAUGUCUCUCCAGCAAAAGUGAAGAAAGUUUGUCGGCAGAAUUCAAACAGCCUCAUGAGGCGUUCAAUUUUGAGUGCAUUCUGAGUCUCGUCGUACGCCUCUUCCAGUCUCUUGCGCAAAACUUCACGGGCCAAGUUUGGUGGAAUGGACGUAAAUAACGACGUCUCGUCGAAGGAGACCAUGAUUUCAUCCGAUUGAAUCCUCCGACCUCGGAGGUCUAUGAGGAAUUGAGGGACUGAUCGAACUGAGGUAGUCGAAUUGCCUUGGAGGUAUGCCUGGAAGUAUGCUCGUUGCACACAAGUGAGGGAGUAGGUAGGGGUCGUUAGUAGCAAUCAAGUCGGGCAAUGCUUGUCAGUGAGGUAGUGAGCAUGCCCACGAAUUCAUCAACACUGGAGUAUAAUGGCAUGCCCGUUGCCGCUUCAGUCUGCUCCACUUGGAAUCCGUGUCAUCCCCCUAUUUGUGUUGGGGUAUAGCAUCACGGCCAGUGUACGUUGUGGACAGGGGGUGUGGUGGUCCGCUCAGGUGCGGGUUUUCGCUGUGUUAACCACCUGUGACCUCUUUCGCCACUUGUCUUGGCUCUAUCAUGACACGGGGUCCAGAUGGGGGAGGAAGCAAGACUGCGGUAGAUGUUGCGCAAGUCACCGUUCCCGAUCCCACAUUGUGAACAUCGUCGGAAUUGACGGUCAAGCUGUCGCUUAAGCACGUUGGACUCGAUGAGUUAAGUGCCAUUUAGGCAUUUUACGGACAGCGUAAUGUCCUUUGACUUAUGGAACAUUUUCAAGAAAACCCAUGACAAGGCAAUGGGAACUAAAAUAAUGGCUUCUGGCUUACUAGACGUCGUCGGUCAGUGCUGAUUAGCAUCGACGCAAUCGGACUCUUUCGCACGGAUCUUGAUUCCAACUUCAUGAGCCUAAGUAUUCCAGUCAUUUGCGUCUCAGCCGUCCGCAUGUCUCUUUUUCAGUCAUCUCCUUGAAUCAUACAAACGAUACGUCAGCGCUUUUUCUUUCAGCUUCCUCCUUGCACCCAUGUCUAUCUUGUGCGCUCGUUGCUUUUUGGCCGGUUCUGACACUUGAAUGCCAUUUGCCUUGUCUUCGAUCUCCAUCUCCACUUGUGUUAUCGUUUGCAAGGGAGAGGAUUUUGUCCGAAAUCUGCGUGCGGUCACCUUCUUUCUCCGCGACAUCCUCCUACACCUGCGUAACACCGCCGCACCCGGAGAUCACGGGUCCAAUUGCAGGGUUCUGGUGAGUUGUCAUCUACCGGCCGCCAGUACCGCUGCUCGGUCAAGCAUCGUAUCUCUACCCCAUGGUCUCGCACAGACCUGCAUCCUUCAGUCCGAGGGUAAGAGAUAACAUCUGGCCAUCAUCCAGCCUCUUGGGCGUUAACUUCGCCAGUUUUUUUUCUAUUGCACUCCACUCCGACCACACACACCACCCAACUGUCACCUGUUGUUCCUGGAAUCUGUGCUGACGAUUGAAGUAACAAUCGGGAGAUGCUACCAAAAUAUCCGUUGUCUAGAAAUAAUACCUACUAUAUCUAUUUGAGUAGGUUAUAGCCCUACAUAUUUGUUGUUUCACCUGACCUGCAGUCCACAUGCUGCCUCACUUAGAUUAUCAGUUGAGCUGCGAUCGCUGUAGACCGAGCCAUGGUUAAUCAACUCCGACCACAGCCACCGCCCAACUGUCACCUGUGCUUCCUGGAAUCUGUGCUUGCGAUUGAUGAGCGAGUUUGGGUGAAAUUAGCUCGCCUGUGUCCCAACUCCAGCGAAGUUGUGUGCGGAGCUGUGUUAUGGUGCGCGUCGAUGGGAACUUUUGUACCAGUCCACUACCUCUACCCUCAAGUUCAUCUUCAGUUACCUUGACCGCGUUUUGGCUUUGGAGCACGAUGGACGCGGCUGUUAAAGCCCUCCUCACUGACAGUUUGGCCGUCGAAAACGACACAGUUCAUCGUGUGUUCCUCAGCAUGGCGGGCGCAGGGACAGUAGCUUGCACGUGAAUUAGUUUACAGUGGAAGUGGGCUUGCGUAGUAUCUGGCGUACACUCAUCCACCUGAGUCUAGCGUCAAGAAGACCAGAGGCGGGAUCGAGCGCUGUGACCGACCAGGCUAAACAGCCCUUCUGUGCGUGCCAACCACACCCGGUCCGCGCCAGAAUGACUCGGCUAGGGUCCCAAAUUUAGUGGGAGGACCAUAGAGACCGUACUAAGAGGAACCCUUUGCCGUCUGGCCCUCCAUUUUGAAAGAGCGGCUGAGUUAUCCCUUCAGUAGGCUGCUUUCAACUCCACGACUUUUAUUGCACCGCAACAGUUAAAGAGCGCGUAAAACCGUUCAUAGUGAGUAAUAUGCACUGAGUGCCGUGGGUACAGAGUCCCCAGAGUCGAUUCCACUCUCUCUUUCUUUACCCAGACACCAGUCCACUGUCCGACCCGGUCGGUCGUCUAAUGUAUGGCGCAGUUAGCUAACAGAACUGGACAGCCUGUCUGCGCUUGCCACACUCGACCGGAGCCUUGCACAACACACCAGGUUCCCACACAAAGGAGAUGAGCGGUUUUGGUAUCACAUGCGUGAGAACCUCUUGGGGGGGGGGUCAUGCUAGAAAGGAGCCCUUGGACCUGACUGCUCAAUCGGGAUGGUGAUGGCCACUGCCUUGUUUCACCGACAAGCAUGUCCAUUAACUGGAAAAUUUCUACUAAAGGUUUGCUUCCGAGGGUUCAUGCAACUGCUGCCCUCCACACCGACUCGAGUCCUUCCGUGUAGUUUGCUGAAAAGCAGUCAAAUUUACACCCUGUUCCGGGUAUCCUUCUGUUCGUUUUUACAUGUCUGCGUCUGACAACAUGAAUAAGGCGGGGAAAAGGAGUGUAUGCUGCCUCCACUUCCACGUGCAAACCCCUUAUUCUCAUUAUUAACUAGGGGUGUAGAAGGGAGUGGGGGAGAGUGAGGUCUUCGCUUUGUGACGUAUUUCGUCAUCUAGACGAAUCUAAUGCACAGGCUGUUUGCUCUCUAGGUAGAUCGUACACAUACCAUUUCUGGUCCUUACCGCCACUAGGAUGCUGUUGUUUGCCGCACUCAGUAAAUAAAAGCCACCUUGUAUGAGGGUAACCCUUCGCACUUGAUAAGCACAGUUUUUAGGUAAGGCCGUAUGCAAAAUUCUCAACAACUGUUCAGGCCGAACGAGAAGCUUAUCAGCGGAUAAUGACCAUGCCACUGACUACUGCGUAUGAGGACCUGUCUGUCGAGCAACGGUUUCGCCGUCGUUGUCGACGAUCGGCUGGCGCCCCUCUACUCCUGUCGACGAUGUCCACAGUGGGCUCCACAGCACAGUGAGAGCAGGGACGGCGACUUGCGCGUUAAUUAGCUUCUAGUGGUGGAAGGCUUGCACAGCAUCUACCGCACCCCCUCCUCAUCCCUCAUCUGGGCCCGGUGUCAUGAGGUAGUCGAGAAGACCGGAGGCGAGAGCGGCCGUAGGUCGUUGGUACGGCGUAAACCCGCUCCUAAGCGCACCACCACAUCUCCUGGUCCACAGCGAACACUUGACCAGGAUUUUCAACAACAACAAAUACGGGGGGAGGGGGUGGGGGGGCGGGGCGCCAGGGCUCCCAAUUGACGCUGCGUGAGCCAGCAACUGGUCCUGCCACCGCAUCCCGAAUACUGGCAUUUAUUGUGGGUGCGCAUUCCCGAUAACGCCUGCCAGAAUCCGAUAUAGCUCCUGUGUAGGUCCAGCGCAUCUACCGCGUGGUCCUUUUUGAGGGACCGAACACCACUGGCUACGAAGUAGCAUAUAAAUAUACAGAGCAGCCACUUCACCAGAUUCACAACACCGGUGGUUGCCGGAAACGCAUUCUACUCUCUCUCUCUCUCUCCCUCUCCCUCUCCCUCUCCCUCUCCCUCUCUCCCUCUCACCACCCCCUCAAUGCUCUUCAUGCAAAGACAGAUCGGUGGAGGGCAAAGAUUAAUAGUAAAACGUGUGCAAAGAGAAUUGACUUUUUGUCUUUUUGUGCCACUCAAGAGGAGAUAAGGUUGCGAUUCGCCAAACACCACUAUAUUCAAAACCUUAGUAGAGAGCGUAGGAAGUCAUCGGCAGAACUGUGACAUACAAGUGAAUGAGCGCAUUGACAUGCCAGGAGCGUCUUCUGCUACAGAGGAAAGUCAGACCGUCAGGAAGAGAAGUUUACCAAUCUGCGCUUUUGAACUUGUUCUCGGCCGACACACGAGAAGUAACAAAAUAAAAUCAAGCGGGUAAAUUGGCCAAUCUUUUUCGCCUCGUGCCCGUGAACGAUUGCAUCGACCUGGGGUGGCGCUUAACAAUUAUGGGACGCCUACUAGAAGGCACUGAAUAUUACGCACCUAUUAAUCGAGUUCCGACCUGCUUUUCCUGUCUCGAGCAUUGUUCUGCACUCGGCUCGUUCGAUUGCCGAUAUGGCGAGAAAGCUGCAGGUGGGAUUUUGUCCUAGGUUGUCUACAGUCUUGCGAAAUACUAGGACACCUCCUACGGCCAUUUUGAGUUCGCUCAACGUGGUGGUUUUGAUUUGGACGUGUGAGCCUCCAAGUAGAUAUUUCGAAAUUUGUUCAUAUUUACCCAACUGUGAAAAACUCGUCGCCUCGGUGGGAUUCGAACCCACAAAGCGUGUUGGUUUUAGUAUAGUAGUUAGUAUGUGUGUCCCUCCCCCCCAACAAUGACCCCCACGGGGUUUACGCCGAAUCAACAACGGGGAUCAGAUCAGGGUCCGGCACGCGUUGUUGAACUCCACACCCAUGACCAAUGCCAUUUAUUGGGUUGGGGGAGGGGAGAGGGGGGAGGGGGUGGGUGGCACGCCAUGACUCGGACUGUCACCGCACUAGGCGCCUACGCCCGUAUCAGCUUCCUUGACUGUGUCUUAGCAUCGGGCCCCGGAGAAUGAAGGAGUAAAGUGCGGGAGCUACAACCCGAGUGUACUAUCAGCAUAAUUUAAGCGCUAGUCACCUCCCCUGGGGCACAUACAAUGGGCAUCGUCGGUCGAACUGUCCUCGUACACCAAUCUUUGCGCCUACCCACCCUCAUAAAUUGGAGGAUACGCACUCCCAAAUUCAGACAAAAUUCUUCGCACUAAGCACGUUUGCUGGAUGCGCUCCGAGUAAGUAUUGUUAAAUAGUCAUGUGUUAAUCCUCAGCUUCAAUUUGCGGGGUGAGGUUGACUUGUCCCGGCGCUUUGGUUAAAAUAUAAUUUUAUUGCUACUUAGAACUGUUAGGUAGGUCGUAAAAUGUACAGAUUUUGCACUGACGCGUUGGUUUGGGUUGGUUUGCGUCUACGCUGGCCCUGCGCGGUGGGCAUCCCUAUACGACCUUGGUCGGGGUGAUUGGUGUCUGGGUUGACCUUGGAUGGUUGGGCAUUUUAGAAAAGAAGCCCUGCCACAAGGCGUAGCUUAAUAAACAAGGGUUUAUCUUUAUGCAUGUGGUCACCGGAUCGCUGUUCUCUCGGUGUUCGAUCGAUGAUUCCUCUGAUAGCGAUCCCAUAAAUAGAAGGACGCGGGAGAACGACAUAAAGUGAAAACAGGGUGGCAACAUUCUUGACUCCAACAUUUUUAUGCAAAACGAUGGCAGUCAAUGAGGAGAAGGCUGCGGGCUAUUGUCAAAGAGCAGGCCACCAACGUGUUCGAUGAACGCCUUCCAGGCCUGCUAGACUGUGCUGACCUUCAGGUCUCGCCAUACGCUGUAUCGCAGUGUGAUCAUAUGCACCCACAGAGAGUCCUGUCCAUGUGGGACUACCCUCGUGCCUUCAUCAGAUUUUGCCAACAGAGGGCAAACAGGAGAGACUCAUCACAAUGCAUCCCCCUGCCAUAUUUCAGAAAUGUACAGUGAGUGACCGAUCACCUGAAAGGUUGGCUGAAAUUCUGAAAUGUGUUCUCGAUUAGGAAGGAUUACUUAGGCGCGGUUGUAAUGCUGAUUAUCCUGCGGCAUAGUCCUAUAAUAUUCGGACCCGGCAGGGUGUGAGCUUUUAAAUACACUGCUUUUCAAUCUCCUGUAGAAACCGUACUCGGUGAAAGAUGACUACUUAAGUAGCAGGCAUUUUUCCCAUUGAUUCUCCAUGGUCUUGUAAAUUUUAAUAUAUUUUAUAGAAAACACAAACAAAAAUGUGCUUUUUUCAGUUGUUCGAUAGAGAAUCACGUCAUCUUUAUAUUUUAUACGCGAAAAAGGAGUAUAAUUAGGUUUUAAAAAGGUUUCUAAUUAUGAGAUUUUUUAAGACAGUAAGAUGUCCACUCAUAUAACAUCGUACCUGUAUUUUUACCACUGUCCUCAUGAAAUGUACAACACUGUCCAUUUCAAAAUUCUGUGGACCCUGUAUGAUAUCUUUUUAAAGACGCAGAAGAAUAUGUGAUUUUGUUUACGCGGGACGCAUGCACCUUGUAGACUGAAAUCACUAAGCGCUAAUGCAACGAAUGAUCAGGCUCCAAAUUAUUUGGCAAUUAGAAAACUUUCUUAAAGCCUUAUUAUCCUCCUUUGAGUAUAAGAUACAGAGAUGAUGUGAUUCUCUAUCAAACGACUGAAAGGAAGCAUAUUUUUGUUCGUGGUUUCUAUAUGUGUUUGAAUUUGCAAGACCAUUAAAAAUAAAUGUGAAAAAUGCAUGCCACUUCAGUAGUCACUUUUCACCGAGUACGGUUUCUACAGGAAACUGAAGGGCGGUGCAUCCGAAAGCUGACAUAUUGCUAAGUCCGAAAUAUUAUAGGACUAUGCCGCAUGAUAAUCAGCAUCACAACCGCUCCUAAGUAAUCAUUCCUAAUCGAGAACGCAUUUCAGAAUUUCGGCCAGUAUUUCAUGAGAUCGGUUACUCACUGUAUCCGAAAUGACCGAGUCCAUUUCCACAGACCUUCCUGUGGGUAUGUCCCGCCGGCUAGAGGCUAUCAAAUGCCAUGAAUACCGAGUGUCAACCGGACACCGGUGAGUGUCAUGUCGGAUCCUUGCACCGAAGUCAACCCUACAACUGUACAGCUCAGACCGCAAGAAGUUUCGGCUGUCGGCACAUGUGAGCGCAAGCUGCCUGUAGGGAGGAGUUAUGCAGCGUUACAAGUUGCCGUCUGGACUCAGAACCAACCACUGCUAAUGACGCCGAUCUACAACAGGAAAGUACGGGAGUCACUUUAGAUCCAAUCCCACCAGCCUCCCCUGCGAAUCACGCUCUUGCUGCCGUGUGGGGUGUUCCCAUUCGAAGCCAAGCAGGCUAGGACUGCUAUGCUCUCUUCAAUUCGCAGUGCACGCAUGUACUCUUACCUUGUUAGCGCUCCAGAGGGGCUUGUUCAAUAACAUUUAGAGGUGAAACCAGCUCUCGCGGUUCUCUCCGCCUGGCUUUUGCUGUCGGCAUCAUGCCUCUAGCGGCCGGCUCCUGCUGUCGGAGGCUUUGACACUGUGCUGUUUCACAAAAAGUGUCGGAUGAUUCGUCCGUUUAUUGGCUAAUAUGAUUCCGACCUUGACAUGGUACUUCGGACGCCUUCAGGCGCGUCUGACGAUGUCUUAGGUCUAAGGCUGCUCUCUCUCUCUCACCACGGCACUGAGACAGCUGAGGCCGCUGCGAAGGUUGACAAAUCGACUUGCUCUCACAGUUUUUGAACAAAGCAGUCCAUAUACGCUGUGUAAAUUCGGCAUUUGACGAUCGCACAGUUGGGACGGGAACAAGGAAACCCUGGUGGUGGAAGAGGAGGAGGUUCGGCCACCGGGCGUUUUGAACGCACAGGGAAACGGAGUGCCGACUGCAUGUCGAAUUUCCGCCCACAUGUCAACUUACGCUAUAACGUAGAAUAAAGAGGGAACGGCAAAGUAACAAAAAGGGCUCGUCAGACGCCCCCACUGAUGUCGGGCCAGACAAUGACCAUGGACUGGCUGAGUUCUGCUGAAGUUUUACUCAGGGAUGGUGGGCCCAAGCUGAAAUAUCUUUCUGUUGACCGAACUUACUUAUUUUCCGUAUCAAAUUCUGAGGUAUGAGCCCCCCAAUUCCGUCCGAGAAGAACCUUGGUCUACGUUGUUUUGCCCUGGAGCCACAAGCCGUAGGACCGAAUCCCCGCGUCGACCACAGAGGGGGUUUAAUGAUAAAGAGCUAGUGCUAAACUAGGACUUGAGGGAUUCUGACAGAAACACCAUGCGGCACAUUUUUCUUAUUACUUCUUAGUCUUUACAGACCUCACCCCCUUCCCCAUCCGUCUAAUCAAUAUUGGAUUAUUCAGUGAACUAACAAAGGGGAUCUGUGAUUAAUCUUCCCUGGUUAAAAUUUUCGUGUUUCCGUCCCAGAGCCGUUUUAAACGCUAACAGCUGACAACGUAUCCUGAAUUCCAAGCCACGCAUUAAAACUGUCUGGAAGAGUGCCCGAAGUAAACGACUGCCCUGACCGUCUUAUUCACAUCAGGGAUUCCGGUUGUGCUUCAAUUAUUAUUUUCCCUUAACAUUCCGCCGAGGGAUAAUCGUCUAUCAAACCGUUAAAUAGGUUUUUAUCGGGUAUAAGCCACUGACCGAAUGUGCAAUCAGAAUGCCUCCCUGGGGAAGGUUCAUUGAACCUGUCGCUGAGUCAUUUGCUCAAGCGAACUUUCAAAGUACAUGCUUCUGUUCAUCCACAAAAGUCCCAAAAGUCCAAUCGCUACGCCGUAUUCGUCAUUUUGACUGACUGUUUUUAAGAUUGUUCAUUCUUUUUUUACCCCGAACUAAUGUGCAUGCGUGCGUACACAUUUGUCAACCGUUAUCCGCCCCCAUCCCUGCCUCCCACAUCGCCUCUCAGUUAUCUCAAAGCUCUUCUGCGUGCCUGUCAUCGUUUGUUGAUGAAUCCAGGAGGCACAAGUACUUUCACACACACACCCCGCACACGUUAGUCCCCUUCUAGUCCUUGUCUCCCACCCUCUGGCACGAAGUGUGCUGUAACCAUGCUGGCGCUGCCGAAAUUCCUCGCACAAACGUCCACCAUCCUACUCAUCGCCGGCCCGACGCAGUAAUUACCGAAUUGUCUUUGCGUGUAUGAUCCGCCCAGCAUUUGUUCAGUUGGUUUGUUGACGUCUGUGCCGGAAGUCUUUUGGGUGAUUACAAAUCCCUACAAGCGAAGCGCUCGUUGAGGCCCGCCUGUUAGGAGACUGUCAUAUUAACUCGGGGGCUGUUUUCGGAAGAAAUUGUCCUCGUCUGUAUGUGUCACGUGUUGUUUUUUACUCGACUGCAUGUAUUUCCCGUCCAGUUCCUGGAACCAUAGGGCAUCUAAGAUAGCAAGCGUGAAGUUCUAAGUGAAACGUUAGUCGGAACUGUAGAAAGUAAAUACUUAAUUAUGACAGUGGGCGCUCACCGAUCAGGUUACGGAACAUGCUCCUUCUGUUGUGUCUUGUGGCUCAUACUAGAACCCUCGCAGGUCGUCGCACAGCGAAAAUGUCUAAAGUAAAUACUUCAUAUUGACCCAACUGUGAAAAACUCGGCGCCUCGGUGGGAUUCAAACCCACGGAGUAAGGGAAAGGCUUUAGUACAGCCAACGCUCUAACCACUUGAGCUACGAGGCCCCGCCGCCAAAAGCUGCCAAAACAUCUAUGAAUUACGCGAGCCUGGUAGUCAUCUGGUGGAUUCUAGGUGAAUUACUUAGUAAAUCCUGCUUGGGCAGUCAACUUACUGUAUCAGAUUUGGUGGAUUCCAGAAGUUGCAGUAGGUUGGGCGGGUAACUUGACCCAAAUGUGAUUAAACUCGCGUCGUCCGACGGGGCCUCGUAGCUCAAGUGGUUAGAGCGUUGGCUGUACUAAAGCCCUCCCCUUACUGCGUGGGUUCGAGUCCCACCGAGGCGCCGAGUUUUUCACAGUUGGGUCAAUAUGAAUUAUUCAAAAUCUGCCAAAACAUCUAUGAAAGUAAAUACGUAAAGUGCUCCUUUGAGGCCUUAGAUCAUUGGGCGGUUCCCAAGAGGGUGGGGUGGCGUAAUUACUGUGAUUAAUUGAAAGUUGUAUCAAAUGCCAUGCGCUACAUGAGGCGGUCACUCCACACUGACCUCACGCCGCCGUCAUCUGCGUCUCCACGAUGUCGGCCGGAUUUCAGCGACCGCAUUCCAAUUGACUGGCGAGACCAUAUACCAGUAACUGCUGCCUCUCCAACGCCGGUAAAAUUCCGCUAAAAGUCCGUUGCAUUUAGAGAAGGGGACGCUACGACGACGUCUACCGCGUUCCCCAAAUUGUGGGUGACGAAACUUACGAAUGAUUGGGAAAUCGCUUGCAGACCGGCAAAAACGAAUGGACCAAAGCUUUGGAGUAAUAAUUCACAGCUUUAAGCGAAUUGAAAAUAUAAAAGAAUACAUAAAAUUAAUAUAGCGUUUUUUUCAGAAAUAUCAACUUUUAGAAAAGCGGGAAAUUCCGAAAAUCGUUGUGACUGAGUAAAGUUAGGCUUUGAGUGUGCAGAAUAACCUUCCAUGCGAGAAAUUGAUUGAAUAGAACAGCACACGUAGAAUAACUUCAAAAAAGAAUCUUUUAGUGAAGCCUUUAUUUAAAUAUCCUUCACGAAUAGGUGUAGUGUCAAGUAUGUCAGCCAACAGCCGGCAGUUUGAGCGUACAGUAGAUGUGCUAACUCAUGAAAUGUCAACCAAAAUUUCGAAAUGCGUUCUCGUUUGGAAAAGAUAAACUAAGUAGUGUUGCAAAACUAAUCCCGAUGCAGCGUAAAUCUAUAAUGAUACAGCUAGCUCAGGGUGUCGGCUUUCGAAAGAACUUAUUUUAGGCUGCAUGCAAGAUCUAUACUCUGCAAAAAAUGACUACUUAUGUAGUAUGCAAUUUUCUCAUUGAUUUUCGAUGCUCUUAAAAAUUCAAUUAUAUUUCAUGGAAAACAUGCAUAAAAAUAUUCAUUAUUUUACUUAUUCGGUAGAAAAUCACGUCUUCUUCCAAUUUCAUACUCAAAAGAACAGUAUAAUUCGGUUUUAAAAACUUUUCUAAUUCCCGAAUAAUUUUGAACCCGACCUGCUGUUACACAUGCAUUCAGGGUUUCAAAACUACAAGCUGUAUAUUUUCCGUGUACUGAACACCAUGCAUUUCUCUACGGUGUUAAGACGAGACCAUAUGAGGUUCAUAAAAUUAAGCAGUGGAUUUGAGCAAUAUUGUUAACUUUACAAGCCACAUUCGUAAAUGCAGAUACAUGACGUUUCAUGAACGGCCAUUUAGCGGUAUUAAAAAACUGUAGAAACUUUUUUAAAACCGAAUUAUACUCUUCUUUUGAGUAUGAAAUUGGAAGAAGACGUAAUUUUCUACCGAAUGAGCAAAAGAAGGAAUAUUUUUAUGCAUUUCGAGGAAAUAUAAUUGGACUUUUAAGGGCAUCGAAAAUCAAUGGGAAAAUUGCAUACUACAUAAGUAGUCAUUUUUUGCAGAGUAUAGAUCUUGCAUACAGUCAAAAAUAAGUUCUUUCGAAAGCCGACACCCUGAGCUAACUGUAUCAUUAUAGAUUUAUGCUGCAUCAGGAUUUGUUUUACAACACUACUUAAUUUAUCUUUUCCAAACGAGAACGCAUUUCGAAAUUUUGGUAGACAUUUCAUGAGUUAGCACAUCUACUGUAGAUCUCAACACGGUUCCACGAGAAUUGGCCGUAUUUUUUCCGAUUUUACAUUGAGAUGUGGUUGACUAAGCCAAGUAGGCUUUUGUUGAUUUCGCCGAUGAGAACGUCAAAAGAAUGAAACAUUUUAUGAGGCCACAUGCUGAGAGGCCGUUUAUUGACUAAUAAAUCCACACUGAAUUAUCAGGUGCAAUCGUAAACAUACCACGUUGUGUAUAUUAAGAGAUAACUUUCCUUUCGUCAAAUCUCUUUGUAAAUAUUUAUAUUGCUGGAACACGAUGACUUCCAGGUAAUCCUCGAAGUCGAUUGUCCGUAAAUGUAGAUUCUGCUCUGUGCUUUUCAAAACCUCCGAAACAAGGUACUUCUUGAAAGUAUUUAUCGAAGUAGUGAGUUCUGGGACAGUUCUAACAACUAACAAGUUACCUCUCUGGAAGUACGUUACCAAAGUUAAGGUGAAAAUUGGGACAGUUGAUCAACUUUUUCAUUUCCCUGAAAAUUAGCGGUAAUUUUUCCGCUACAAAUAAAAGAAGUCAUUUGUCUCUUUCUAUAUUGGGGUGUCUUUCACUAUACUUCUUUACUUUUAGAUUUAGUUCGUAGAUUGUGGGUGCACAAUAGAGUGGCCGUAUAAAUAUUAAUGUAUUGCGGAAACGUCUAAUCUGCUUUCCGUUCCGUUCCUAAAUUACGAAUUAGCGGACUGCCACUAUACUGUGUUAUACUGUAUGCUUAAAAGUUGACUUAGCUACUUUGUGGUGUGUACUUUCGCAGUAUGUUAUUUACCAUUCACAAAUGGCAGAAAAAUGUCGGAAAGUUUAAGCAGCGGAUUGUCUGUUGGCGCUAUAACUGCGUUUUAGCCUAUGGAAUCACGCAGAUGUGCAAAUCGGACUUUUUAAAGUCGAUAAACUGUCUGGUUUUCUAAGCAUGACCUUCUUGCUUUCACCUUACUUUAUCCGAUUUACUGACUACAUCAAUUUUCAAAUGGGACUGGUUCCGUUUGCCAAAACUCGAGAUUACUCUCUUAGCAAGGUACGCACGAAGGCGAGACCUUAAUUUAAAACAGGUAUUAUAUAGGAAACUGCUCGAAUACACGGCAAUGUAGAUUUACGCUCAAAGUUGUAAACAUUUUGGCUAGUAAAAUUAUUUGUUAACAUAUCCAGCAUUAAGACCACCCUUCGAGUGAAGUUCACCGACUUCGUCUCAAAUGAGACAGUCCGCGCUCGCUGCGACAACAUCGCAAGGAUAACCCACGCCAUCCAAAAAAUACGAUUGAGGUGGUUUGGGCACGUUCUUCGCCGUCCACCUCAGGAGCUCAGUGUUACUGCCCUCGAUCCGGCACUAUUGUCCCACUAGAGGCGGUCAGUUCAAAACCUGGCUCGACACAGUUCGCCAAGACAUGGAGGUGGUUCUUGGACCUUCGGUAUUCGCUCUCCGUCGUUGGCGAAGGGAAUGGGUUGAGCUGUCUAGAUCUGCUGCCGCGGAUCGUCACGCGUGGAGAGAUACAGUUGGGGACAUCAUCGAGGCCGGGUAGAUCAGGCAUGAUCACAGCCGUAUCAAGUACAAGUAUGUAAGAAAAACAUUUUCCAGUAUCGGUUAGGCGAAUAAAUAAAGUGUGCAGCGUUUCAGUCGCCCACAAUUGACCGUUCCAAUUUCCGCCAUCACGUUUCGUGAGUUUGGUCGCAUGCUGUGGUUUAUAGGAAGGCAGACUUGCGCCGAAUCCACCGCACUCUCUUCCCUCACCCAUCUUACUCCGGUGGCAUGACAGUGUCAAAACGAACGGAGGCGAGUGCAAGCACGAUGGCUGGCGAGAUUAAGCAACCCGUCUGCGCGUGCCACACACGACCUGGCUUCCACGACACGCACCAGGCCUUCAUAGGGGCAGCUCGCAUCCCAUCCGAGUGGGUGUGCCAUAGAAGUCAUAAUGAAUUCGAGCGCGUCAGACUUUUUGUAGUGAGGAGUGCGCGGAUGGAUUCUCCAGUAUCGACGUACCUCUCCCAUGGACGAUCAGUCGACCGCCACGCUCGCACGUAUCUCAAGGCGUAUUUACUUUAUUUUAUAAUUUGGUCGAUUCCACCCAAGUCUGCGCUUAUCAUACUCACAUUUAUGCACAAGCCAGCACCAUCCCCCUCGGGUAGUGCUGGUUGUCGUAUUCUACACUCAGGACACGAACAAAGCUGAAACGACGUUCAAAACAGGCUCCCUUCUUUCGGCGGGUGCGGUCAUCGAUUCCCUUUGCCAAGAUCGAAAUAAAACCUUCCCCCCGAAAUUUAUGCCUACAUGGUUGAUACUCGCUUUUGUUAGAUAGACUACUGCAUUGGAUUAUAAUCCUCGGAGGUGAUGCCUUCGGCAGUACGUUCGUAUUAUUCACACAGUCGUUUAACUGAUGUUCAGCAAUCUACCCCGGAAAUGACACAUUGAAACGGAUCCUCAUCUUACUUACCGUAGGUGGGCUAACUCAUGAAAUGCCAACCGAAAUUCCGAAAUGCGUUUUCAUUGCGAAAAGAUUAAUUAAGUAGGGUUGUAAAACUAGUCAGCCCAGAACAUAAUUCUACAAUAUUUCAGUUACCUCAGAAUGUCGGCCUUCGAAUGAACUUCUUUCCCGCAGCAGGCAAAACCGUUUUCAUUGCAAGAAGAUUGUUUAAGUAGGGUUGUAAAACUAGUCGAUUUGCAGCAUGAUUCUAUAAUCAGUUACUCCAGGGUGCCGGCUUUCGAAUGAACUUCAUUGCGGCUGCACGCAGAAACUACACUGUGAAAAAUGACUACUUAAUUUGCAUGCAUUUUUCUCAUUGAUUUCGAUGCCCUUAAAAGUGCAAUUAUAUUUCCUCAAAAACAUGCAUAAAAUAUUCAUUCUUUUGCUCAUUCGGUAGAAAAUUACGUCUGCUUUCAGAUUUAUACUUGAAGAAAGGGUAGUAUUCGGUUUUCAAAAACUUUUCCAAUUCCCGAAUAAUUUUGAUCCCGGCCUGCCCAUCACACUUGGCUUCAGGGUUUCCAAACUACAAACCAUAUAUUCUCCGCUUAUGGAAGGCCACAGGUGAUUUCUCUACGGCAUUAAGAGGAGACCAUAUAGGAUUCAUAAAAUUUAGCAGUGGAUUUGGUUCAUCGGUAGAUGCAGAGACAUGAUGUUUUAUGAACGGCCAUUUCACGGCAUUAAAAAGUCCCACAAUUAGAACCAUUUUUAAAACCGAAUUAUACCCUUCCUUCGAGUAUAAAACUGAAAGAAGACGUAAUUUUCCACCGAAUGAGCAUAAGAAUGAAUAUUUUUAUGCAUUUCGAGGAAAUAUAAUUAGACUUUUAAGGGCAUCGAAAAUCAAUGAGAAAAAUGCAUACUACAUAGGUAGUCAUUUUUUACAGAGUGUAUUUUUUGGAUGCAGCCGGAAGGAAGUUCCUCCGAAGGCCGGCAUCCUGCGGUAACUGAAUUAUUAUAGAAUUAUACUGUAGGCUGAUUAGUUUUAUAACCCUACUUAAUUAAUGUUUUCGAAACGAAAACACAUUUCGGAAUUUCGGUUGAUAUUUCAUGAGCUAGCCUCCAUACUGUAUUUGUUUACUGGCAGCGUACGCUGUAAAACCGUAGAAAAAGAAGACGUGGUCACUUUCUACGGAAAGCAAUGGGAAUUUACUCCCAUUGGCACGGUACAAUGCUUAAUCAUAAUGACGUGUUGCUGUAUGGGUAGGGUUCAACGCUCAAACGAUUCGGGACUCAGUUGUAAAUGCACAGUUCAGAAUUACGCGCGUUACUAGGAGGUGACAUUACUAGGGCUUAGUUCUGCUGUUACCGUUCUCUCAGGUAUUAUGAACAGUAUUCAAGAAUGGGCUUGGUUGCUGCGUUCGCAGGACGCGGUGCGACCGGGCGUUAAUUUUACGGGAGUGGAGGUGGGGAGUGAUUAUACUUCAGUCCAACCCUUUUCUCGCAGAAGUUCAUGUUGUUCGGCCCACAUGUUUGCCUAGUGGCCGAAGCAGUCUCCGAGUCUCCCUGAAUUAGAUAGGCUUAAAAACCAGCAUCUUUUCAGACGUCGCAGGGAGGUUCUUCGCAGUUGUGGCCUGCAACCACAAAAGGGCCGGUGAGGUGCGCAUCUAGGCUGGGAAUUGCGGUUGUGAACACUUCUAGGGUGGUUUUCACAGCUUUUGCUCGCCGGGCCUCCGGGUGUGCAACCAAACUCUCGCGAACGUGAAGUCCCAACUAGGCCAACCGCGCCCCAUCCCCCAGCGUCUGGCUAAACGAGGAACGCAGCGCAGUCACACCCAGCGCAUGCCGGCACCGUUGAGACUCUUUUCGGCCAUGCGCAUCUAUGGAAGAAGAGCCGCCGCGUGUGUCCCAGAAUCGUACCGACUUUGAAAUUUUAGCACUUGCGUCUGCUUCGAUCCCGAAGCGUGUUCUUUUACGCGAGUCGUAGCAGCAUGUGCACACAACCGAUUAGCGUGGCCGUGUGUGUGUGUGGCACGCGUAGACGAACCUCUGCGCCCGCACCCACACUUGGUCGUCUUGACAUCGUGUUGCCAUCUGGCGGGGGUGGGUGGGUGGACAAGGAGGGAGGAGAGAGUGCGGUAGGCGCUGCGCAAAUCUGCCUCACCCAUGAACUAAUUCACGCGCGAAUCACGGUGCUGCACUCACUCCGUGGGGCCCCCAAUGGACGUCGUCGUUCGCGACUGUCGAACUGACAGUAUGGUCGACCAGGUGACUGUAUGUACACGACACUGACUAGCGUAGCUGUGUCAGGUCGUGUGUGGCACGCGUAGACGGACCGCUUAGUUUUGUUGGCCGCUGCGCCCGCACCCACCUUCGGUCGUCUUGACAUUGUAUUACCACCGGGGCAAGGUGGAUGAGGGGGGGAGAGAGUGUGGGAGAUGACGCGUUGGCCAACCUUACUAUAAACUACACUGUGUGACCGAUCUCACCAAAUGUUGGCCGAACUUCUGGAAUGCGUUUUCGAUUAGGAAGGAUUACUUAGGUGGGGCUGUAAUAAUGAUAAGUAUGCAGCAUAAGCCUAUAGCAUUCCGGACUCACUAGGAUGUCGGCUUUUGGAUGCACUCCUUUUUGACCUCGUGCAGAAACCGCACUUUGUAAAAAUGACUACUUAAGUAGCAUGCAUUUUUCCUAUUGAUUUUCGAUGGUCUUAUAAAUUUAAAUAUAUUUUAUAGAAAACAUGCACAAAAUAUGCCUUCUUUUACUCCUUUGGUAGAAAAUCACAUUGUCUUGGGGGUUGAUACCUGUAGAAAGUGGAUAUUUGGGUUUUAAAAAGUUUUUAACUAUGAGAUUUUUAAGACCGUGAGCUGUCCAUGCAUACAGGACCGCACAUGUCCGUUUACCAAUGCUCCUAAUGAAAUGCGCAACACAGUCCGGAUCCAUUGCGAAGUUUUAGGAACUCUAUUUGUUACCUUCUUAAAGGCAUGGAGAAAUAUAUGAUUUUCCUUACGCGGAAAGCGUGCACCUUGGAGACUGAAAUCGCCAAACGCUAAUACAAUAACAGAUCAGGCGCAAACUUAUUCGGGAAUUGGAAAACCUUUUUUAAAUCUCAAAUAUGCACUUUUUCGGGUACAAAAUAUCAACGCAAUGUGAUUUUCUACCAAAGGAGUAAGAGAGAGCAUAUUAUUGUGCAUGUUUUCCAGAAAAUAUAUUUGAAUUUAAAAAACCAUCGAAAAUCAGUAGGAAAAAUACAUGCUACUUAAGUAGUCAGUUUUUGCCAAGUGUGGUUUCUGCAAGGGGAGCGAAAAGAAGGUAACUCAAAAGCCGACAUCCUAGCGAGUCUGAAAUACUAUAGGAUUUGGCCUCAUGAUGAUCAAUAUUGCAACCCCACCUAAGUAAUCCUUCCUAAUCGAAAACGCAUUUCAGAAUUUGGGCCAACAUUUUAUGAGAUCGGUCACGCACUGUAAUUGAUGCGUAAGUCACCUGCGCCGCGCAUGGUGGUGGGCGUCUUCGCUUGUGUCGGUUGUUACUUGGGAAGGCAGUUAUGACAUAACUACGCGUCGUUCAAGUAUGGGAACGAGAAUUCGUGGAGAGCCCUUUUGAUGUAGGGGUUGGCCUUUUCGUGGCCAUUUUACUUGGAUUGAGUGGGCCAAACACGAGGCGAUUUAAAUGCCCCACCCCACCUGGCCUGGAAUCGGUCAGCACAGGCAAAAUUUAUUGGCAAGGGGAGGGGACCGAAUAACGCCCACACAUGCUGCGCCCUGUGUCACGCCGACGCCAGUGUUGCCGAACGUUGUCAAAAUAUGUAGCUGCUGAUGGUGUUUCUUGCCUACUAUGUAUGGUUCCAUACUGUAGCUAAUCUGCCGCACCUGACUCUGUGCGCUAAAUGUCACGGUUCGGGAGACUGCCAGUUGACGAAAUAACCUGAAUCGAGAGCCAGAUUGCGAUGGCUCCAUCCUCACAUACGGCUUUUGUGGCUUUUAGACGCUACGUGUGCUCCCCAAACGGGCCACGUGGUAGAUGCGCUGGACCAACACGGAGGUCAUAUCGGAUUCUGGCCGACGUUAUUGGAUUUGCGCACCAUAACAAAUGCCGACGUUUGAGGGGGUGCGGUGGCAGACCCGGUUGCCGGCAGACGUCGCGCACACUCGGGCCCCUGCCGUCCUCCCAUUGUUGUUGUUGUUGGUCAAAAUCUGGUCAUUUUUUGUGUUAACCUGGGAGUGUAGAGUGUAGCACCAAGGUGCGGGCUCGACCGCGCCAUCAACCUGCGCUCUACACCGCCUCCGGUCUUCUUGACGCUGUCUUGAUACCGGGUCCAGGUGGGGAGGAGGAGAGUGUGGUAGAUGCUGCGAAAGUCUGCAUCCACGAUAACCUAAAUCACGCGCAAGUCGCCGUUCCUGCUCUCACCGUUCUGCGGAGCACACGGUGGACAUCGUCAGUACCGAAGGUCGAACUGCCGAGACGCUACGUUAUGUCAGCCACUGUGCCCAAUCACAUUCCCACGAACAGUUUAAUUCGAAUAGGCCACAGCCUCUCAUCCGGUUUUCAUCAACUGGCUCAAACGAAAGCAACUUCUGAGGUGUCGUCUAUUGAAACCGAUGGGCUCUGUCUAAAGCACACCCGCCGGGUUCUAACAGGCGUCAACUCAAUGAUCUCUGGCUGUGGCGCGCGUAGACGGGCUAUUUAACGUCGUCGGUCACUUUGUCUGCCCUAAACUCCGGUCGUCGUGGCACUCUCCCUUUCACUCGCAUUCACCCUUUUAAUUGGUAUUUUUCAGGCAUCUUGCUAAAAAUGUGAGCGGAUAAUGUUGGCACAAGCCAAAGACGUUUAAUCGGCAUCAGUCUUCUAUUCCGUAAAAAAACAUAUAUACAUGUGCAGUUAGUGACCUAACUCAUGAAAUGUGUCGAAAUUUACGAAUGAUUGCCAAUCACUCGCAAGCCGACACCAUUUCAUUAGUCCAAUGUGCAUGUUUAUUAGGUAAAAGUUCAAAAGAAUUAAAAAAAAUAUGAAAGAAAUAUUAAAGACAAUGUUGCGUUGUUUAGAAAUUCCGAUUUAUUUUGAAAAGUACAAUAUCCCGAAAACGUUAGAAGUGGCUCUAAUUAAGUAAAGUCCGUUUUCAGAUGUAUAGAACAUAUUUUCAUACAAAAACGCAGUUAAUAUGAAACUAGAAACAAAAUAACACCCAAUAAUAGUGUUUCAGUGAAGGUUACACCUAAAUGUCGUUUAAUAAUUAGUGUGAUUUCAUAUAUGACGGUUUGUCGACUGCCCACAUUCUGAGCGUAGAUUCCAAAACAGUUUUCCAGGGUCUCGUGUUAUCCUUGACUCUUUUAAGUUAAAUGAGAUGGGGUUCAACAAGAGAAACUGGAUUUUACUUGAUUUCACCGAUGGGGACGUCGUAGGAACAAAAGUUUUCAUAAGGUGACAUAUCAUGAGGCCGGUUGGUGCCUAAGAAAUUUAAAUAAAACCGACAGGCGUGAUCGUAAACAUACCAUUUUGUGUUUACAGGGAGAACCUUUCUUCCGUUAAAUUAAUUGUUCACUUUUCGUCCGUUUUGGAUUACGUUGAAUUUCAGAUCGGCCUCGAAAUAUUGGUGAAUACUUCAUGAUUUUCAGUGUUUUCACUCGAUCGUUCAUAAAGACAAAUUCUGAAUUACGCGUCUGCUUAGAACUUUAAAAUAAGCUUAUUCUUGAAGGCAUUUACCAGAUUCGGGAGUGUUCGGACGCUGCUUUUCAUGAAGAUGGUUGUUUGGGUCACACGUUAGGACUCAUUCAAACACCAAACUUCAUUUUCGAGAAAAAUUGCUAUCUACAACGAGAGUCAUCAAAGAAUAUGCCUUCGAUCAGUUGGAAAAUUUUCCUCAAUAAAUUACCUCCUUAAGAAGUGCUUUAUUACUGCACUCCAUUGACGGAUUUCUGUGCAAAAUGCAUUUUUGCACGGUGAGGCCAAGUAAAAAUUCGACACUUUUGGCCGUUUCUCUCACGUUCCUAAACAAUACUGUUUUUCUACCUUAAACGUAAGAACAUGCCUUUCUCUAUACACUGAGGCCUUUUCCACUGUUUUUGCUCGCUUUUAGACUCCGUUCCUCGAUUAUAAAUGCACGGCAGGGCGCCCAUAUAAAUACUGAUAUUGUACUGAAAGGAUUAAUGUUUUGCUCGUUCUACUCCCGAAGAAGGUAUGCACAGAAGCUAAACUACACGGCAGGUAGCGUCUCAUAUGUUCAGAACUGGAAAUGACCAUUCGGUUGUGGUCACUUAUGUGACAUCAGGUAGAAUUUUCCAAACGGAAAACCCAUUUCAGCCAAUUUAAACGAAGGAAUCCCUAUCUGCGUUAUCACUGCACUUUAGGGCACGAAAUCACACAGAUCUGCUAAUUUGACAUUUAGGAAUGGAAAAAAAGUCUGGUUUUCUUAUAAUAACCGGAGUCUGGGGCAUUUAUUAGCACAGGAAAUUGCACGAAUAUAUUCCAAUGUUCAUUUUCGCUAAAACUUACUGAUACUUUACUUGAUAUAAUUACGUAAACACAAUUUCUGCACAAGAAAAGGACAUUUCAUUGAAGGUUGUGGAUGAGCGAACGAAAUGCGCAUUGUUAACGAUGUCCAGAAAUUCUCGUAUCAGUUUCCGUUAUCAGAUUUCAUGAGAUAGGUCACGUACUGUAUGUGGUGGCUACUUAAGUUAUUGAUUUAGGCCAUAUUUACAGUAGAUGUGCUAACUCAUGAAAUGUCAACCAAAAUUUCGAAAUGCGUUCUCGUUUCGAAAAGAUAAAUUAAGUAGUGAUGUAAAACUAAUCAUGAUGCAGCAUAAAUCUAUAAUGAUUCAGUUACCUCAGAGUGCAUGCAAGAUCUAUACUCUGCAAAAAAUGACUACUUAAGUAAUAUGCAAUUUUCUCAUUGAUUUUUCGAUGCCCUUGAAAAUUUAAUUAUAUUUCAUGGAAAACGUACAUAAGAAUAUUAAUUCUUUUACUUGUUCGGUAGAAAAUUACGUCUUCUUCCAAUUUCAUACUCAAAAGAAGAGUAUAAUUCGGUUUUAAAAAAGUUUAUAAUUGUGAGAUUUUUAAUACCGUUCAAUGGCCGUUCACGAAACGUCAUGUAUCUGCAUUUACGAAUGUGGCUUGUAAAGUUAGCAAUGUUACUCAAAUCCACUGCUUAAUUUUAUGAACCUCAUAUGGUCUCCUCUUAACACCGUAGAGAAAUGCAUGGUUUUCCGUACACGGAAAAUAUAAAGCUUGUAGUUUUGAAACCCUGAAUGCAAGUGUAACAGCAGGUCGGGUUCAAGAUUAUUCGGGAAUUAGAAAAGUUUUUUAAAACCGAAUUAUACUCUUCUUUUGAGUAUAAAAUCGGAAGAAGACGUGAUUUUCUACCGACUAAGUAAAAGAAUGAAUAUUUUUAUGCAUGUUUUCCAUGAAAUAUAAUUGAAUUUUCAAGGGUAUCGAAAAUCGAUGAGAAAAUUGCUUACUAUAUAAGUAGUCAUUUUUUGCAGAGUAUAGAUCUUGCAUGCAGGCGAAAAUAAGUUCUUUCAAAAGCCGACACCCUUAGGUAACUGUAUCAUUAUAGAUUUAUGCUGCAUCGGGAUUAUUUUUGCAACACUACUUGAUUUAUCUUUUCAAAACGAGAACGCAUUUCGAAAUUUUGGUUGACAUUUCAUGAGUUAGCACAUCUACUGUAGUUAUUUUACAAAGUGUUUCUGCCCCCACUUGCGAAAUUCUGUAUAUUAUCCUAGACAAAAGAAAUCGGUAAGAGUGUGACCACUCUACUCGACACGCCUCCCACCCGGCGUACUCAUACAAUUCACCGUCUUGGUAUUGUCAUUGGGCACUAUGGCCUUGACUUGUAUUUGCGACCUGUUGUUUUCUCUCCUUAUUGAAAUCUUUACUGCGGCAUUUCAGUAUACGCUCCGUUGCCGGUUGUGACCGUCCAUAGAAUGCCCGUCCAAGUUUGUUCUUUUACAGGCCAGAAUACCACGUAAUAUCCUUACUGUUAGAGACCCAUUCUCCAUUGUGUACCCUCUUUGAACAUUUUAGGUGAUGGCGGAGGUUACAGAUUGACUAGCCCCGACGGCAGGUUUGAGUUCAAGGUGCGUAGGAAAAACAAUGAAUUCUUCUUUACGGACUUCACAAUGCGGACCUUUGAAAACCUCUUGGCAAAGCACUCCCUGUAGUGACCGACCAUCUUGACUAUUUUUCUAUAUAAGCGUGUUUAUUUUGUCUACCCUUCUCAACGUAAUCACCUUCAAUGGCUCGAGAAUAGAACACUAUCUGCUAUGGUCUUCGAAUGAUAGGUUUCAAGUCGAACUUCAAAGAUCUCUAAUUAUCGAUUGCGGGAAAAGGGUAAACGCCACAAGGGAGUUUUUCGCAUCCCCCAACCGCCCAUCGUUGGGGCUCCGUCUGGGGAGUUCGAAACCAGAGACUUACGGUUUUUUGUUGACUCCUGGCAGUAUUCCUAAGAAAACAGAAACAUUGUCUUAAAUCACAUUCCUGACUUUGUGAACGUCAAAGGCAUGUCGAAUAUGACAGAAUGGGUGUGUAGCAUCGCCCUUCAGUUUUUGCCGUUUUGUCUGAUUGUCGGUAUAAUUAGUAUUUUUAAUUGCAGUGAUAAAGUUGUUCGCAGAGAUCCUGCGAAAUUGGUUCUUCUCGGAAGGAAGUCUCCGGAUUUCUUUGUUGCUAAACUAACCUGAUGGGAUUGUCUUCUUACUUGCCCGGACGACCUCAGAAUUUGACACGAAAAUGUGGACUACCCUGAUAUGGCAGGUGGCCACGUACUAAACUCCAGGGGCUUUUCUAUUUCCGGGUCCUCCUAACUUUAACCUUGACGACAGUUCGACCGUCGUUGCCAAUGCUGCCCACCGUUCAGAUUGGCAGGUUUGAGAGAUCCGGGUUGAGUAUUUGAAGAUGGGCUAACCGGAACAGGUUUAUUUAGAUGCUGACGUUUCGAAAAGUUUGGUCGGCUCUCCAUCGUUAAAGCGUAAAAUGCACUUAAUCGACCAAAAAUUGCAAGUGGCGUGUCACGUUGGUCGGCCUCGUGCUGAUCGAUUUUUCUCUCCUCUCGCUGCCUCGGCCUCUCGGGGGAUGGUUGACGGGCGUUUUGUCUGCGUGCGUUGUGGGUCACCACUCCGUCGGAGGGAGGUGAUUGAGCCAGUGUCGGGUGGACGGUCUGGCGGUUCUUGUUCUCCUUCGCCGAGUAAGCUCGCCGUCGGGCUGUCUCCGUAUGGCUUUCUUAAGCCCGGUGUGGUUGUUUGGUCCUCAAUUUUACGAUUGUGAUGACGUAGGACUUUGUAUGCUGCAGGAAGGUCCAUAUGCCUGUUGCUAGAGUGGGCAUCGGAGGACCACGCCUCGGGAGUUAACCGUUCUGCUUUUUUGUUGCCCCGGCCUAAGAUGGUAGACCUCUGGAGAUCAAAAGUAUGCCCAGUUUCUCCAACGUAUGGUGCUAAUUGAGAGUUUGGGUCUAACCUCCGAGUAGCUGAUUUGUGCUCUUGUAGGCGAGUUAGCAAUUUCCGCCCGGUUUCUCCCACAUAAUUGCAGUCGACCUCAUUGCAAUUUAUUUUGUAGAUAACUACUGAGGUUUCGGCGGGUAGCAAUGGUCCUUAGGUUGCAUCAGACGGCGUCGAGUUGUUGCCUGGGGUGGAUGGACUAUGCUUACUCCGGCGGGAUCAAUCAGCUCCCCCUCAUAAACCCAACUCUAGCCCUAACCCGUGGGAUUUACGGCAAGGUCACCUGCAGGACGGAGGGUCCAUAUUCCUGUGCCCAGAAUUGUACACGAAAAUGUGGACCACCCUGAUAUGGCAGGUGGCCACGUACUAAACUCCAGGGACUUUCCCAUUACCGGGCCCUCCUAACUUUAACCUUGACGACAGUUCGACCGUCGUUGCCGGCGAUGCCGACCGUGUGCUCCACAGCAGGGUGAGAGCAGGGACGGUGACUUACGCGUGAGCCAGAUUAUAGUGUUUGUGGACUUGCGCAGCAUCUACCGCACUCUCCUCGGCAACGGUAUAGAGAAGGACCCCACUUAACUGUCAUUAGACUGUUUUAUCUUGGCAUACAUUUGCAGGCUGUUGCGGAAAUUACACUGCUAAUAAUGAUUACUUCCCACGACCUCACACCCUAACUCAAAAUUCGUUAUUUUAUGGAAUUUACUUUUUGUUUAUUGUUUAAUUACUACUCUCGUUUCCGUUGUCAUACAAUAGUGUGGGAUAAGACUUUCGGCAUAAAUCCAGGCAAUUUCUGCGUUUUCUUUAAUUUUGUCAACUUACUCUCUGGCGUACUGCCCUACCCAUAAAACUACCGCAAAUCACGUAUGGCACGAUCCACGGUCUACUGACAGUUAAGUGGGGUCCUUCUCCAUACCGUUGUCCUCUCUACUCCGACCUAGCCGGUGUCAUGACCAUGUCAAGAGGACCGGAGGUGGGAGAGGGCGCAGUUGGCCGGCGCGACGAGAACUCGCAUCUAGGCGUACCUUAAUACUCCCUGGUCCCCAAAAAAACACUUGAUUAGGGUUUUCAACAACAACUGAUAUAGGGAGAGGGCGCGGCAGGGAUCCCAGUUGGCGCAAAGUGAGCCUGCCACCGCACCCCUAAUGUCGGAAUUUGUUAUGUUCACGCAUUCCCAAUAACUCCCACUGAACCCCGACCUAGCCCCAGUGUUGGUCUGACGCAUUUGGGGGUACUUACCCUAACACGAGCCCUCAUAACCCAACCCUAACCCUCUUAACCCAAACCUUAACCCCGUGGGAUUUACGGCAAAGUCACCUGCAGGACGGAAGGUCCAUAUUCUUGUGCCCAGCUGACCUCUGCGGCAAUGGUACGGGAGGCGUCUCUCGGUUUGCUCCAUUUACUUUCAGCUCCUGGUAACAUCCCAGUCUGCCUUCAGCAAGGUUCAGUAUUGCUGCAUUUAACCUUCCCUGACGCCGUCUGUAUGAGUAGAUUUUCAGCCUCGACCCCAAGGUUGUCGAUCCACCGUGCGGUAUCGCGCAUCGCAUUGGUCACCGACACUAUUAACUGACUCCCUUUCCCUCCCCAACUUCGGAGUAGGACAUAGGUAAUCAACUGCAAUUGACGCCAGGGAGAGUGCAUACACAUGAAAGACUGAUGAAAAUAUUACCAAUAGGGCGAUUGUGUUCGAGCAGAUUUUCAGCGAACGAAGUCCGCAGCUGUUGCAAUAAUCUUUCCAGGUGACAUUAUUUCAGCCUAUUCAUGCACUGAACUAACCAGCAAUCAUUCCAAUAGGGACCUAGACGCACAUCAACCCAAUGGCCUCCUGGAGUAAGCAGGCACCGAAUGGCUGACAGAGGCCAUGGAGAGGCAGUGGUAGCGGUGGACCAUUGAUAGGCUGGACCAGAGUUGCUUCGAGCUUAUCCUGCUUUCAGCCAACCAGUCUUAAGCCUGACCACCAUCCGAUUUCAUAACUUCGAACUUGUUUACACAGCACGCAUAAAUUAAACAGUGAGUGACCGAUCUCAUGAAAUGUUGGCCAAAAUUCUGAAAUCCGUUUUUGAUUAGGAAGGGUUACUUAAGUGGGGUUGUAAUAUUGAUGAUCCCGCGGCAUAAUCCUAUAGUAUUUCGGACUUCGCAGGAUGCCGGCUUUUGAAUGCGCAUCUUUUCAAUCUCCUGUAGAAACCGUACUCGGUAAAAAGUGAUUACUUAGGUAGCAUGCAUUUUUCGAUGAUCUUAUAGAUUCAAAUAUACUUUAUAAAAAACAUGAACAAAAUAUUCUUUCUUUCACUUUUUUGAUAAAGAAUCGAGUCACCUUCAUACUUUAUAGUCGAAGAAGGACAAUAAUAAGGUUUUAAAAAAGUUUCUAAUUAUGAGAUUUCCUAAGACCGUACAGUGUCCAUUCAUAUAGCAUCGUACCUGUCCGUUUACCACUGCUCCUCAUGAAAUUUUCAACAUAGUCCGCAUACAUUGUAAAAUUUUAUGGACUCUAUAUGGCAUCUUUUUAAAGACAUGAAAAAAUAUAUGGUUUUCCUUACGUAGAACGCAUGCACCUUGUUGACUGAAAUCACUAGGCUGAUUCGGCUCCAAAUUAUUCAGGAAUUAGAAAACUUUUUAAACACCUAAUAAUACUAUUUCUUUGAGUAUAAAAUAUGAAGUUGACGUGAUUCUCUAUCAAUAUUACAACCGCACCUAAGGAAUCCUUCCUAAUCGACAACGCAUUUCAGAAUUUUGGCCAACAUUUCAUGAGAUCGGUCACGCACUGUAGGCACUUUUUCGGACCGACAUGGUCAGGUUUACGGCUGACUGCAUGGAGGAUGAGUCAUAAACAGCGCUCCACCCGCACCGCUUUCAGUUCAACCCCUCAAUAAUCAGUUUGCCCUCCUUCUGAAUAAACAUUCGAAGAACUCUUCCUUCACAUGUUCAUGACUUGUCGUUUUGUCGGAACCAAACGCUCUCAAUUUUGGCAAAUUCACCUCAACGGAUUGGAGUCCUCGAUUUUAUGUGAAAGUCGUUGAGUAGGUUCUGGGAGAGAGGGUAACACCCUUGCCAUGUUUUUACCUGUUAGGACCCGGCCUGGCACUUGAAAGUACGUGGGAGCGUAUGCGUACUCGACCCUUGUCCCCAAUACCAACGCGGCAGAGAAGGAGAACGCGACCGGCCAAGAAAAUGUGUAUAAGGAAAUUGCAAGCCAAAAUUAACUGGAUGUAACGCAUAUUUAUAACACCCUACUGUGCUUCGCCGGCGUUCGGCCCAAUGCCCUUCGGGAGGAACAUUCCAGACGAGCCGGUCGAUAAUUCAAAUAUGCAGAUCGAUCAGGCCAGAGAGGAAAAGCCAAUGGCGAGGCGCCACGAUUAAGAUGGCAGCGCAGUAGAGAAAAUGCACGUGGCCUCCAGUGAUUGGCUGGCUCUUGUUUUUGGGAGUGUAGGCACUCCGACCAUUAACGACAAAGGUGAUUCCACUGUCCGAACUUUCUUUAAGAUGGCCGCUCCAUAGAAAAUCACCUAAUCGCCGCCUAGUCCAGCUUUCCUUGUUCGGGGAAUCAAGUCUUGUCGAAGCCGAUAAUACCCACCUUGUACCGAGACAGUUUUCAAACGACUAAAGCUACCCUCUUUACUGGGCGAUUGAACACAUGGCUUUCUGGAAGAGGACGGAAAUCGCAGGUUUCCAAAAUGAGUCGGACCCAUCCGACAGAAGUGGGGAUGUGACCGAAAGCUCUUUUCCGAAAUGUUUCGAUCAUGUUCAGACGACGUGCUAACCAGCAGUUUUGGGACAUGUCCUGGCCGCUUAGGCUGUGAAAAGGUAGGAAGUAAUUUCUUAAAUAGGGCUCCUCGGACAUUCCGGUUGGCCGUCGAAAUGAACAAUAGCGACAAAACUACGUGAAUUGUAAUAGGUGGGCUAACACAUGAAAUGUCAACCGAAAUUCCGAAAUGCGUUUUCGUUUUGAAAAGAUUAACUAAAAAGGGUUGUAAAACUAGUCAGCCUGCAACAUAAUUCUAUAAAUGGCAUCGUACGAUGAGACUUUCGACAGAAAUUUAUCCACUUUCUUUGUCUUCUUGCACUCCAUUCUUUGUGUUGCCCCAUCUGUAAACCCCCCCCCCCCACCCUUAUUCAACGUAUGACACAGUCCACUGGAUAAGUCAAGCUAGUUGGGGCCGCACACCCUAUCGUUACCGAGGGUCGGUUUGUGAAGUACCGUGUGUGAAGAGACACACAUUUCGGGCACUCCUAUCUGAUUUGGCUCGUCGGUCGAACAGCUUCAUAAAGCCAUUUAUGAGUGUUGCACCACCAGGCUCAGUGGGCGUCGCCUGUGCCAAUCGUUUUGCAGGAUAGUUGCUGGUAGUGCAUGUACGACAUAGUAUACUCGUCGGUUUAAGGCUGCGCAACGUUCAUCUUGUCAGAUCGCUGAAACUGACGUGGCCGUGUAACUUCAAGAUGAAUCCCACCCGCAGUACCACGUGCAUCCCUGUAUCACAGGUACUCGGUAAUUCAUGGACGUAUACGUACGGCUGGAGAAACCCGGCCUGUGCAAACAGUUGGGCCACGUGGUCAGCCUCAGCUUGUCCUGGUAAAUCUCAACCCUUUUGAUUUGCAUGUCCUCUCUACGUGCCAACACCCCCAUGUUCUCUUCUAAGUUGUGUUUUUAAAUUAUCAAUUUAUUGAUUGAUUUGCCUGCAGUAAACGACGACCUUACUGUUUUGUAUUGUUCAGAUUAGCAAAGUUGAGAUAUCCGGGUUGAUUAAUGGAAGACGAAGACAGGCUCUCCGGAAGAGGUUUAUUUAAGUGUUGACGUUUCAAAGAGCUGGUCGGCUCUUCAUUGUCAAAGCGUUAAAUGCACUUAAUCGAUCAGAAAUUUAAUCUAAAGUGGCAGUCGUGUUGGCCGGCCUCACGCUGAUCGAUUUUUUCCUCCUCUCGCUGCCUCGGCCUCUCGGGAGAUGGUUGACGGGCGUUUUGCCUGUGUGCUUUGUGAGUCACCACUCCGUCGAGGGGAACUGAUUGGACUUUAGUCGGGCGGUUGGUCUGGCGGUUCUUCUUCUUCCUCACCGAGUAGACUCAGCGUCGGGCUAUCUCCGUGUGGCCUUCUUAAGUUCGAUGUGGUUGUUUGGUCCUGAGCUUUACGAUUGUGAUGACGUAGGACUUUGUAAGCUGCAGGAAGGUCCAGAUGCCUGUUGGUAGAGUGGGCAUCGGAGAACCACGCCUCGAGAGUUAGCCGUUCUAUUUUUGUGUUGCCUCGGCCUAAGAUGGUAGCCCUCUGGAGGUCAAAAGUAUGCCCCGUUUCUCCAACGUGUGUUGCUAGUUGAGAGUUAGGAUCUAACCUCCGAGUGGCCGCUUUGUGUUCCUGUAGGCGAGUUUGCAACUUCCGCCCCGUUUCCCCCACAUAGUUGCAGUCACCCUCAUUGCAAUUCAUUUUGUAGAUGACUGCUGAGGUUUCAGCGGGUGGCAAUGGGUCCUUAGGCUGCGUUCGGCGACGUCGAAUUGUUGCUUGUGGUCGAUGGGCUAUGCCUACUCUGGUGGGAUGUAACAGUCGCGAGACCGCUUCAGAGACCCCUUUAACGUGAGGAAUGGCCCUCCAGACUUCUGUUUGCUGCUGAUUUGGUUGUCGUCUGGGCGCCCAACGUCUGCUUCUCUCGAUGAAAUGCCUGGGAUAACCAUUGACUGCAAAUAGGUUCACAAGGUACAAUCGUUCGGCCCUUUUAUCUUCUGGUGUGCUGCAGUGUGUUUCGACUCUUUGGAAUAGAGUGCGGACACAACUACAAUUGUGAGACAGAGGAUGGUUGCUGUUGAAGUGUAGGAUCUGUCUCGUGUCGGUGGAUUUUCGGAAUACUGUAGUUUGCAGCUGUACAGUGGUACACCGGCGCACAAGUACGUCAAGGAAGGGCAGUUGGUUGUUUGUUUCUGCUUCCAUCGUAAAUUGGAUAUCCGGGUCAACCGAGUUCAGUAGUUCUUUUAGGUGUUCAUUGUCAGUUGUUUUGACAACUACGAAGGUGUCAUCGACAUAGCGGGCCCAGAACUUUGGUUGAUACUUGGUGAACACCAAAUGUUCUACCCGUUGAAGAACUACUUCAGCGAUUAGGCCUGAGAUAGGAGAGCCCAUAGGAGUGCCUUUUAUUUGUUCGUACAUUUGUCCGCCGAAGGUGAAAUAGGUCUUGAGACAGUAUCGCAGAAGCUCGAGCAGAUGCUCAGACUUCAGGGGUUUGUCUCCUCAUAACGCUCUGCCAGUAGUUGGUCCACAACGUCUAUCGCUAGUUGCUGUGGAAUGGAGGUGAAGAGCGAAACGACAUCAAAGGAUACCAUGGACUCGUCUGGCUCUAACCUCAGAUGUUUUAUGCGUUCGAGGAAUUGAUACGCAGAUGAUACUGUUGUUGGUGAGCCUUCAGCCAAAAACUUAAGACGACCGAACAUCCAUUUUGCCAAACCGUACGUCGGAGUUCCACGAAGGGAUACGAUUGGCCUGAGUGGGACAUUUGCCUUGUGUACCUUCGGUAGACCGUAAAAGCGAGCCGUGGCGGUGUCAGUGGGUUUCAUGGAGAACCAGUCGUUGGGUGUAAUUGCCCCCUUGGAUCUGAGAUUUCUUAGGCUUUUGUUUAUCCGAGUGAUUAGAUUUUUUUCCGUAGAAGUUCAAAUCUCUACGUCCUUCACAUUUGUCAUGUCUGUUAUGCAGCGACAGGUUGCAGUUGGUAAACCGUCGCGAGAUUUGUUGAUCCCAAUAAAUUCUGCUGUGUAUGCCUGCUUCACAUUCAUACCGGGGAACUAUUUCUGCGAGUUUUUAGACAGUGUUCACUAGUAAGGCGUCCUCAGUCGCCUUCGUUGGGAAUGACUUUUGUAUGGCUGAGCAGUAUCGGUGGGAUCGCGUUGUAGGCCGUUUAGAUGGAAUACGAUAGAACUUGUGCGACUUUAUUUGAAGUUUAACCAGGUUGUGUUGAAAUUAUGCCAUCUGGCUCGGUAAGAUCUUAUUUCGUAGCCGCACCUGUUAAGGGUUAGGGGUUAUGGGUUUGGGGUUACUGUUAGGGGUAAGGCUUAGGGUUAGAGUUAGGGGUUAGUGUUAAACCCCCUUCUACAACCGGUCCCGUAUGACAAGCGGAUGGGGCCUUCCUACCGCGGGUGUGGCUACGAAAUAAGAUCUGGCCUCUGUCUCUUAUGAAGGACUGGCGUUUAAGAGACGAAUGUUAUACUCCUGGCACUUAACUGAAGUGGAGGUCCCUUACUCUCCUCUGUGUCUAUAGCGGCAUGCAAACGCAUUAUGUUUCUCAUAAGUCACCUCCGACCUCAUUGUCAUCCAUAUAGCCCAGAAUAUUUUUUUACCUAGAAGGCGAAAUUAAGCAAACUAUGGAUCAUGCGGUCUUCUUAAAGCACAUUGCAGAGAAGAGACAACAGUUUGGGCACUGUUCAUAGUCAAUGCAGUUCCAAAGAAGAGACGUUUACCGGAAGAGGUUCUUUAGAGGUCUGACGCUUCGAGUAGUUACUUCGUCUACCCAUCUUCGGAGAUUGGAAAGUCGUGUCCACUGCUCUCAUUAUAUGGCAUACUUUGCUUGGUGCUUCUGCCAUCGAUGCCGCCUGUGUGGCUGAAUCUGAUUCCUAUUUCACCUUGACCUGUGGCACCCACCGCCCCACAUUGACCGCGGAGAUAAUUGGCGGCCCGAUUGUUCCGCUCCGUGACUGUUCCCCGUCAAGAAGGUGCGAAAACUACAUACAGUAGGUGGGCCAACUCAUGAAAUGUCAAUCGAUUUCCAAAAUUCGUUCUCGUCUCGAAAAGAUUAAUUAAGUAGGAUUGUAAAACUAAAAAUCAUGCAGAAUAGUUCUAAAAUAAUUCAGUUACCUCCGUAUGCCGGCUUUCAAACGAAUUUCUUUCCGGCCGCAUGCAAAAACUAUACUCCGUAAAAAACGACUACUUAAAUAGAAUGCAUUUUCCUCAUUGAUUUUUGAUGCCCUUAAAUAUUUAAUUAUAUUUCAUUGAAAAUAUGCAUGAAAAUAUUUAUUAUUUUGCUCAUUCGGUAGAAAAUUACUUCUUCCAAUUUUGUACUCAGAGGAAGGGUAUAAUUCGGUUUUCAAAAAGUUUCUAAUUGUGAGAUUUUUUAAUACCCUGAAAUGGUCGUUCAUAAAACGCCAUGUUCCUGCAUUUACCAAUUUGACUCGUAGGGUUAACAAUAUGGCUCAAACCCACUGUUGAAUUUUAUGAAUCCCAUAUGGUGUCCACUUAAUACCGUACAGAAAUGUAAGGAUUUCCGUACGCGGGAAGUAAACAGCUUGUAGUUUAGAAACCUUUGAAUGCAAGUGUAACGGCAGGCCGAGUUCGAAAUUAUUCGGGAAUUGGAAAAGUUUUUGAAAACCGAAUUAUACCCUUUCUUAGAGUAUAAAAUUAGAAGAAGACGUCAUUUUCUACCGAAUGAGCAAGAGAAUAAAUAUUUUUGUGCAUGUCUUCUAUGAAAUAUAAUUGAAUAUUUAAGGGCAUCGAAAAUAAAUGAGAAAAACGCAUGUUACUUAAGUAGUCAUUCUUCACAGAGUGGCGUUUUUGCAUGCAGCCGGAGAAAAAUCCCUUCGAAAGCCGGCAUCCUGAGGUAACUGAAUUAUUACGGAAUUACGCUGUACAAGGAUAAAUUUCACAACUCUACCUACUUGAUCUUUUCGAAACAAAAACGCAUUUCGGAAUUUCGGUUGACAUUUCAUGAGUUGGCCCACCUACUAUAGGGGUGGCAAAUUAAUGUGGCAGUUGACAGAGCAGUCGGUGGACAUUCAGCCUUCUCGCACCGGCUUUACUCCGUGAUCAUCGUCUCUCAACGGCGUCGAAGUUGAAGAUGUGCCGCAUUUGCGCGACGUGAGUUGCUACCUAGGACUUUGGGUCCAACCUUCGCACAGCCAGCUGGUGCUCAUGGAUUAAGUUUUGUGGCCUUCGGCCGGUUUCUCAAACUUGGUUGCGAAUCUCGCAGUUGCCCUGAAGUUUGAAGACAACGGCCGACAUCUACUGCUUAGAGGAAGGAGCUUUUGGCCGCAUCACUUGCCGGCGGAUUUUAGGGUCAGGCCAGUGGGCAACCCCCAUCCCGUGUGGCGUGAGGGAUCUAACCACAGUUUCGGAGACCCCCUUCGUAUACGGAAGGCACUGCUACAAUUUUGGCUGACCAAGCUGCUAAUUCUGCUUUCUUGCGUUCGGCCUUGUCCAGCAUAUGCUUGCGGACAGCCGCUAACUGCAAAGAAUUCUCGAAAGAGCUUCAUCUCGUUCAGUUUGACGGCGGGAGUGCUACAAUGAGUUUCCGCCCAGCGGUAUGGCGUGCGUACACAGUUUUGUUUGUGUUGCGGUGGGUAGUUGGUGCUAUAACUGAACAUUUGUGGGGUUCUCGUCGGUUCUCCAUGGACUGUCGUCGCCAGUUCGUCGGCAGAUGAAAGGGCUCGAAGUUGGCUCUGAGAAUUUCGUUCUCGCAGAUUAAUCUUGUAAGUUCAAAUCCGGGCGAUCACAGUGGCCCCGGCAGUAUGAAAUGUUUCCCCGCCUUAGAAGUAACCAGUUUAACGUGUGCAGAUGCCUUUGCUCCAUUUAUGAUUCGAAAACGUAGCCCCUAUCCUGUUUAUCUGAACUAUUACUACGUCAAAUCAUAAACUUAGUUUUACGCCCUCAAGAGGAUCAAGACAGUCCAAAUGCAGAUCUACUCCGUCAAUACUCCAGCCAAGAUGGAAAUGAAAAUAGAUCAGGCUGGCAAUCUUUUACAAUAUCAUGUGACAUUGUUUCCAAUAUUUCGUGACGCAUAUGCAAACCCCCUCCCGGGUCGCGAAGCACAUAAAAAUGAGUAAAUGAGUAUACCUUUGGGGCAAUCUUCGUGGUAAAUGACGAAGGAAAAAUAGGUUGUCAAUUCCAUGAUGCCAGAUAAAUCUUGGAAAUAGGAGGGGAUAGAUCCAGUAGAGCAGUUAGACUUCUUCGUUUUUACUCAUAAAUGGAAGUUCUUUUCCGAAAUCUGUAUUUGCAUUGUCGAAUAUUUGUGAGAAUGAUUUCGCUAUGAGGAAGUGGAAGAAGAUAAUGACGGUGGUGGUGGUGGUGGUGGUGGUGGUGGUGGUGGUGGUGGUGGUGGUGGCGGUGGUGGUGGCGGUGGUGGUGGUGGUGAUGGUGGUGGUGGUCAUGGGGUCUCUGAUGAAGUAAAUUUAUUCCACCGGACCUUUCAAAUUCGCGCCCGAGUUCGCCUUUAG